UCACAAGUCACAACAUCAGCCAAAAACACACCAUACUCCAAUAUACCAAUAAUAGUUUUCUUAAUACAUCUAUUCUUAGUUUGCAACUGUCAUCCAACUGGACACUGUCCUCUGUUGGAUGUUUUUGUUGUUUUCUUAAGGUAACAACACUAAACCUUCUUAUUCCGAAGAAUAUCUCUUGGAAAUUUUAGAAAAACUAGACUGCAAAAAGAGAUGUCAACAACUAGAACGGAAGCAGUGGCAACACCACAAUUGAGUAAAGCACCAACACCACCUCUGCCCAAGACAAAUAUUGUGAAACAAGGGAUAGUGUCAAUUCUUGGAUCAGAUUCUCAAAGAGGCAAAUCAAGUGCAGCCUCCAUUAGAAGAACAUUUUCUGCUGAUAUGUCAUCCAAACAAUGGCUUGCACAAAAUGGUUUCUUCUCUCCCAUCAAAAAAAUUGCUUCAUCUAAAGAUCUUCUUUCUCCUGUUGAUCAUUCCUCCUCAGAGGAAGAGAAGCAAGAUGAGCUUGAAAGGCGAAAAACAUCAUUUGAUGUUUGGAGCUCUAUUUUAUCCCAAAAGAAAGAUGAUGGUGAGAUAUCCAAUGUACAAACUCCAUAUAUUCACCCUCUUGUUAAAAGAUCAUUGAGUGAAAAAAGUCUUGAAAUUUGUACUGAGAAUCUUGGAUCAGAGAAUGGUUCUGAUGGCUUUUCCUCCAACACUCCUUCCGAGAACGGAGAUAUAGACGAAGACAAAUACGAUCAACAACAACAACAGUACUGCUCGCGAUCCAUUGAGGAAUUGCGAGUUGUAAAGUACAAAUACAGCAAAAGAUCAUCAUCUUUUCCUCCUCCAAUUCCUUCCUUGGCUAGAGGUGACAACAACAAGCCUUCUCUUCACAUGCAAUCUCGACGCAAAGAUGGUAGAUUGAUUCUUGAAGCUGUUCCUAUUCCUUCUCGAAAUCUUUUCCAGGCCCAUCGCCAUGAUGGUCGCCUUCUUCUCACCUUCGUUGAUAAUAGUACCUCCACUUUAUCAUCAGAGCCAGAGAUGGGGGAUUAUGGUGAAGAAUUUGAUCAAGUUUUCGACGAUAUUGAUGAUCAUACACCUCGAUUUGAUUAUAAAAGUGAUGACUCUCCCCAACAAAAGGAAGAACAUGUAGAAAAUGGGAUCGUUGUGAUGAAGCAGAAGCCAAAAUUGUCAAGUGGGGUAAUAAAUAUGAAGACAUCAGCCCUGAUGAUGAAGCUGUUAUAUUCUCCGGUUGAAAUAAGGGAAAAGUCAAUUCAAUUCCCAAUGACAAAAUUUCCCAAUUUCUCCCCCGAGCCGGAAGGUCAAUUAGGGCUAGGAAACAAGAAUCUUGUAACAUCGUCUAACAAGUUCAAUGAAGUUGUCAACUUGACGAGUUUUGUGGAUUCAACUGAACUGACGAAGGAGGUAAGUCAAAUAGCCUCAGUUCCUCGGUCACUCCUUACUCAACCAACACCGGCGACCACGGCCACUUUCAAUACCUAUGAGUAUUUUUGGAGGAUGAACCCUACAAUUGCAAGCAUUGUCAACACUCCCACAAUUGCAAAAAAGUGCAACUACACCACUAAGUCAGUUGUUCUUGCAUCCAAGAGUACUCCCCCCAAUGCAAAGAGUACAACAAAAGUAGCAGCAUAUGAGCAGCAAGAAUUGGUGUUAAUGAGAGGGAACAGAGAAAAUAUGAACCAUUUGGUACCUUUUCAAAGAGGAUGCAAAGAGCGAAGGAGGUCUUCACUUAUUUGGGAGCCUUACUGCAUUACUACAUCUAUCCAGUCCUAAUUCAACUAAUUAACUAUAAAAAAAUCAAUAUAUAAAAUUAUAUAAUACUAUGUAUUAUUAAGAUUCUUGUUUUCCUUUCUGAGCCACGACUAGUUUUUACUCUUUUUGUCAAAAAAAGAGUUUUGUAUAAUCAAAUAGCAAAGAGAGAGAUCAUUGAUUUAUGCGUAA